GCGGCGGUAGCUACCGAGUGAGUCAUUCGCGGCGGUGGCAACAGUAAAACGAUGCCUCGCUGACUUUUAUUUUGAAGCGGCCGGCUCAUGCCUGUGUGUGAGUGUGUAUCUCCGGUGGCGGCGGCAGGCGGGGGGGGGGCUCUUAACGUGAAUGGUUUCUUCCCCCCCCCUCAACCACCACCGCCACCACCGGUGAAUGGUAACAUAGCACGGCAGCCAGCGAGACUGUUGAGGGCUGCGUGGUCAUUAUUAAUGCGCAGGGGGUCUGGCCGCGAGCUGAAUUACAGGAAAGCAAAGUGAAAAAUUAAAGGAAGGAAAAGAAUAGCGGGCCCGCUGGCGAGCCCCAGAGAGAUGUGACGCAAGCAGCGGAAUUAUGAAAUUGUUCGCGUAGAGAGAAGAAGAAUAAUAAGAGCGAGGAGUGCGCGAGACUCCCUCCACACUAGCCAACUAACUCUCUGCCAGGAUUCGACACUUCGCAAAGCCCCAAGAGGGGGCUUGCCCGCGUCCCCUGAUUUCUGCCCGAGCCAGCGAGCGCACCCUGCAAUUGGCAAUUCCGUCCGCAAUUAGCACCUGUCAGAGGGGGACAGACGAUACGAUGACCCAGGGAUUCUGGAACUCGUACAAAAGCAAGAUCGCCAGGGUUCUGUCCGAGAAUGAGGACAGCAUGGAAGAGAACGAACCUCCUCCUUCCGAGAAGGUCAACGACGGGAAGCUCCUGGAGGACGUGUCCACCUCGGUCACUCAGCUCGCCUCGAAGGUGCACGGGGUGAGCGUGCGUGGAUGGAAGGACGUCACCUCGCUCUUCUCGCCCAAAUACGGAGACCACGAACGGCUGACGGAGAACGAGGAGCCAGAACCCACGCGCACCGACGAGAGGGAACAGGAGCGGCCGCCAGUGAAGGAGGAAGAGGAGGAGGAGAGACCCAGCGAGAAGCCCGACUUCUGGGGCGCGCUGCUCAAGCGGCAGAGCAGCGUCGCGCGCUCCUCCCAGGCCCCCAGCCCCUUCCCGGGCUGGGGGCCGCAGCUGAACGCCGGCGGCGCAGGGCUCUGCGGUGACCAUGGCGGCACGGAGGUCGAGGGGGGGCAGCCCAGCGAGGGGGCGCUCGCGGAGUCUGCGGGCAGGGCGGGCGAGCACAGAGACCAGCCACCAGCGUCCGGGCUCAAGGCCCUGAAGGCGACGCUGUUUUCCCACCGCCUGGGCGACCACGAGCGACUCACGGACAACGAGGGCCCACAAGCCACGGCGAUCGCGGACGAUCACUCGGAGAAGGCCGAGAAGGGCGACUUCUGGGGGACCUUCCUGCGCAAGCACCUCAGCCCCGUGCGCCCGCCCGCCAGCCCCUUCGCCGACUGGGCCGGGGGUCCUCCCGUCGCCAACGAUGCCGACGACGCCGCCGCCGCUGCCGUGGAAACCGCCGCCACGGACGUCGUCCUGGGGGACCAGGGCGAGCUGCAGGGUUCGUUCGGGGCGUCCGGCGGACAGUCGGACGCACUCGAGCAAUCGUUCAGCUGAGCGAUUAUGGCGAGAGGAAACACCUGGGGGCAGAGGGGGCGGGGUACACGGGGAAUUGAGAAAUGUCCUGAGGAAGAGACCGGUGGCGUCGCUAGGUUAAAGCAAAACCAAGCGAAAGCUGAGCGCCCCCAAGCAGUUCAAGGAGUUAAUACAAAAUAUACAUAAAUAAAAACUUGUGUUGGGUGGUGGAGGGUCUUACGACAGAAAUGUUGUAGAUCAUUGAUGUAGCCCAAUCCAAAGAAAAAAAUCAAUCUGUUAUCGAUACAAAAAGUGUGCAUUAAAUUUCAGCCUGGGUUCAAAUCCUAAUAUAGUUAUUGGGUUAAACACACGUGGUGUAACUUGAUUUGGUGCUUUCGUGACUGCAGGAAUUACUCUUUGUUUUUUUCGGUAAAGUCAUGUAGAAAUAAGAAAUAAUAAUAAAAUAAAAUUACAUAAUAGCAUACGAUGUUUUGAUUGC